AUGAUAAAAGCGCAUUUGGAUGAUUUGCAGACAGAUCUGAAGACGGGUAAUUUGCCCCAAAGAGCUUCAAAUUUAAGCAGGUUUUACUGGGACUUAAUAAUGCUUAUAAUGAUGGUUGGCAAUCUUGUCAUCAUACCAGUUGGAAUCACGUUCUUUACAGAGCAAACAACAACACCAUGGAUUAUUUUCAAUGUGGCAUCAGACACUGUUUUUCUAUUGGACUUGAUCAUGAAUUUUAGAACUGGGACUGUCAAUGAAGACAGCUCUGAAAUAAUACUGGAUCCUAAGAUCAUUAAGAUGAAUUAUUUAAAAAGUUGGUUUGUAGUUGACUUCAUUUCAUCAAUACCAGUGGAUUAUAUCUUUCUUAUUGUAGAAAAAGGAAUGGAUUCAGAGGUUUACAAGACAGCUAGAGCACUUCGUAUUGUGAGAUUUACAAAAAUUCUCAGCUUGUUACGUUUAUUGCGGCUUUCAAGAUUAAUUAGAUACAUCCACCAGUGGGAAGAGAUUUUCCAUAUGACAUAUGAUCUGGCAAGUGCUGUGGUGAGAAUCUUUAACCUGAUUGGAAUGAUGCUGCUACUAUGCCACUGGGAUGGUUGUCUUCAGUUCUUAGUACCUUUACUUCAGGAUUUCCCACCAGAUUGCUGGGUGUCCCUAAAUGGUAUGGUUAAUGAUUCCUGGGGAAAGCAGUACUCAUAUGCACUCUUCAAAGCUAUGAGUCAUAUGCUUUGCAUUGGUUACGGAGCCCGGGCCCCUGUCAGCAUGUCUGAUCUUUGGAUUACCAUGUUGAGUAUGAUUGUGGGGGCUACAUGUUAUGCCAUGUUUGUUGGUCAUGCCACUGCCCUAAUUCAGUCUUUGGAUUCCUCUAGACGGCAAUACCAAGAGAAGUAUAAACAAGUGGAGCAGUACAUGUCAUUCCACAAAUUACCUGCUGACAUGCGCCAGAAGAUCCAUGAUUACUAUGAGCACCGUUACCAAGGCAAAAUCUUUGAUGAGGAAAAUAUUCUUAGUGAGCUCAAUGAUCCCCUUCGAGAGGAGAUAGUCAACUUCAACUGUCGCAAGCUUGUUGCCACAAUGCCUCUUUUUGCCAAUGCAGACCCAAAUUUUGUGACUGCCAUGCUGAGCAAACUGCGUUUUGAGGUGUUCCAGCCUGGUGAUUACAUUAUCCGAGAAGGUGCUGUGGGUAAAAAGAUGUAUUUUAUUCAGCAUGGGGUCGCUGGUGUCAUCACCAAGUCCAAUAAGGAGCUGAAGCUGACAGAUGGCUCUUAUUUUGGAGAGAUUUGCCUUUUGACUAAGGGCCGCCGAACUGCCAGCGUACGAGCCGACACAUACUGCCGCCUGUAUUCCCUCUCUGUGGACAAUUUCAAUGAGGUUCUGGAGGAGUACCCCAUGAUGAGAAGGGCCUUUGAAACAGUGGCCAUCGACAGGCUAGAUAGGAUAGGGAAGAAGAACUCAAUUCUCCUGCAAAAGUUCCAGAAAGACCUCAAUACUGGAGUUUUCAACAAUCAGGAGAAUGAGAUCUUGAAGCAGAUAGUGAAACAUGACAGAGAGACAGUUCAGGCUAUUGCCCCAGUUAGCCUACAGCAAAUGUCAGCACUGAAUUCUAGCAGUACUUCAUCCCGCAUCAGGACACAGUCGCCUCCUGUUUAUACUGCGACCAGCCUGUCUCAUGGAAACCUGCAUUCUCCAACACCAGGCACACAAACACCUCAGCAAGCUGUCAUUCUCUCUCCUUGCUCCUACACUACUGCAAUCUGUAGUCCACCAGUACAGAGCCCCCUGGCAGGUCGAACUUUUCAGUAUGCAUCACCAACUGCUUCACAGUUGUCAUUAAUGCAGCAGCAGCAGCAGCAGCAACAACAGCAGCAACAACAGCAGCAGCAGCAAAAGCAGCAGAAGGCACCUACUUCAUCACAGAAAAAUGAAGUUCACAAGAGUACACAAGCUCUUCACAACACUAACCUGACAAGAGAGGUGAGACCUCUCUCUGCCUCACAGCCUUCUUUGCCCCAUGAGAUUUCUACUCUUAUCGCCAGACCUCAUCCAACAGUUGGAGAGUCGCUAGCCUCCAUUCCACAACCUGUCUCCAGUGUCCAAGGGUCAGGUAUGCAGGCUGGGAACAGGGGCACUGUCCCACAGAGAGUUGCUCUCUUCAGACAGAUGUCUUCAGGAGCAAUUCCUCCUAACCGAGGGGCCACGGCACCAUCAGCAGCUCUAAAAAGGGACUCUUCCACAGUCUUAAGCACAGACCUUGAAGGAGACAAACCACGAUUUGCUUCAAACUUAUGA